AUGGUUGAAACCCGUCCAAGACUUCUUGUUAAGUAUAUGCUCCUGAGUUUCCUCCUUUGGCAGCUUGUUUUUAGGCAUGGAUCUUCCGAUACAAUUACUUUGUUGGAUCCUAACGAAGAAGACAUCCUCAAUUUGAUGGUAAAUAAGUUACAGUAUAACAGGCCAUUAUACUUGAAUGGCUCAAAUUGCAAUUAUCCAGACUCAGAUACUAACGAUUUGAAGAUGAGGUGCACCGAGGACUGUGUACAUGACAAAAACAGAUAUUUCCAUGUCAAGGAGUUUUCCUUUACAGGCGCCGCUUUAACUGGUUCUAUACCUGAAGAAGUGGAGAACCUUACGCAUUUGGAGACGCUUGAUUUAUCCAGCAAUGAGCUCACCGGUUCCAUACCCGAGACCUUGUGGAAUUUGUCAUCCCUCAUACAAUUAGACCUUUCAAGAAAUCAACUGACAGGAGGCAUAUCAGGGCGCAUUGGACACUUGCGCAAUCUUACUAUUCUCUAUCUGGAUCACAACUUCCUCACCGGACAGAUACCAUCAUCUUUGGGUGCUCUGCGUUCUCUGCAAACGUUGUCUCUUCAUUAUAAUAACUUGUCAGGUCCAAUUCCCCGCCAAUUAGGAAACAUCACAGCCCUUCAAAUAUUAAUUUUGGAUCAGAAUCGACUCUCUGGUCGUCUUCCACCCUCAUUUAGUAAUUUGAGCAAUCUCCAAUCCUUCUGGGCGGCAUCCAAUGAUCUCACUGGGGAGUUCCCGGAUUAUGGCAGUCUUAAUCAGUUGCGCUUUUUGUCAAUUGUGGGAAACAAUUUUGAAGGGAAUCUACCUGCAGAAAUUUUUAAUUUCUCCAGUCUUCAGUAUUUAAUGAUCAGUGACGUAGCAAACUCUGGUUUCCAAUUCCCACGAUCUGCGAACCUGAGCAAUAUAAACAUUCUGAUAUUAAGGAACUGUUCCAUCACCGGUGAAAUCCCUGAAUACAUUGGUCAAAUGUCAAAUUUAACAUACUUGGAUUUGAGCUUUAACUAUUUAACCGGACGAAUCCCAGAGUCCAUGAGUGGUUUAAAUUUAACUCACUUGUCCUUGGCAAAGAAUAAACUUAAUGACACAAUCCCUGCUUGGGUUGGUGGUGCAGUCAAGACUAGAUUGGAUCUGUCGUACAAUAACUUUUCCAAAGUUAGCUUCGUAGUGCCAGAUGAUAAGCGAGAUCAUCUGAACUUGUUUGCCUGCUGCAGCAGUUCAAGUUCAACCGAUCCAGAUCAACUAUUUUUGGAUCCAAUGAAACGCAUGCAUAUGCAUUGUCCUGGACGAAAAUCUAAAUAUCGUUCCUCCUUGUUCAUAAAUUGUGGUGGUGAGGGAUUAACUGUCGGUGACAAUUAUUAUGAAGCAGAUGAAUCAACUUCACUCUAUUAUAUUAGUCCAUCCAAAACCUGGGCUUAUAGCCUUUCUGGAGACUUCUUAUUCUCACAGUCCAAUUCGAGUAAUUUCAUACAGAACCAGCCAGGUGGAAUUCAUGUUCCUGAGGCAGACUUAUAUUCAAAUGCUCGGCUUGCCCCUGUCUUCCUAAGUUAUUAUGUUUGCUUACACGAAGGCAAAUAUAAUGUGACCCUUCACUUUGCUGAAAUAGUAUUCAGGGAGAAGGAAUCAUACAGUAUACUAAAGAGACGGGCAUUUGACGUUUAUAUCCAGGAUGAGAGAAGGCUAAUGAAUUUCGACAUCGCAAAAGAGGCAAAGGGUCCAGGUGAACCCCAAACCAGACAUUUCGAAGCUGAUGUUAAUGAUAGUGUAUUGGAGAUUUCCUUCUACUGGGCUGGAAAGGGAUGUGCAGACGACCAGCUUACUUUGAAUGGACCUCUCAUUUCUGCUAUUUCCAUAACUCCAGUUCCCCAACACUCUGCAUUGCGGCGAAAAUUGAAGAAAGCAUUGAUUAUUACUCUAACUUCAAGUGUAGUUGUUCUAUUGCUUCUAUUAGCUUUCAUGUGGAAAAUGGGCUGGCUGGGGAAAAGAGAGUUGAGAGAAAUACAGAUAGGCCAAGAUAAACAUGUUACACUUCAAGAAUUAAAAGCUGCAACUCAAAAGUUUAGCAGCAAAAUGGAGAUCGGUAGAGGGCAUUUUGGAAGGGUUUAUAAGGCUGAACUGGAAGGUGGUCAAACUACUGUAGCUGUUAAAAGACUUUCUACUCACUCAAAAGAAAAAGUUGAGGAAUUAUUAAAUGAAUUCUAUGCCUUAAAGUCAUUCAGGCAUGAGAACCUUGUUCAAUUGUUGGAUGCUUAUUUUGGAGAAGAGAUGCAUUUGCUCAUCUAUGAAUAUAUGCCAAACCUGUCCAUUGCAGACGCAUUUUUUGGCUCGAAGUCCAGAUUGAAGUUUAAUUGGGAAACUAGAUUUAACAUUUGCCUGGGAAUAGCGAGGGGUUUAGAGCAUCUUCAUGAGCACCCCAGACUCAAGAUGGUUCAUAGGGAUAUCAAAGCUGAAAAUAUCCUUCUUGAUGGAGCUUUUAAUGCUAAGAUCUCAGACUUUGGAAUAGCAAGCCUGUAUACUGAGGAAGAACAACUUAUGAUCAUCAAAGUGGAAGCACCAAACGGACAUAUGGCACCUGAGUAUGUAGUUCAAGGUUUUGUAACAAGCAAAGUUGAUGUUUACAGUUUUGGGGUGGUUAUACUCGAAAUUGUUAGUGGGAAGAAAAAUGUAGGAUACAAAGUUAACCAUGAGAGUGAGUAUCUCUUGGACAUGGCUUAUGUUGCAUAUAAAAAUGGAAGCCUCGUGGACUUGGUGGAUAAAAAUUUGUCUGGCAUUUAUGAUGCAAAACAAGCCAUCACCAUCUUAACCUUGGCCGUGAAGUGCACAAAUAUAUCUCCUACUCUAAGGCCAAGAAUGGCAGACGUUGUGAGUAUUCUUGUUGGUGAGAAAACCUUUGAGCAGAUUAAUCCGCCUACUGUGGAUGAUCAUCAGCUUAAUGUAGCCAUGGCUCAUGGCGAAUGUACCAAAGCUGAUUCUUCUACUUCCACAGACGUGACCUCAACGGCAUCAACUUCAACUAAAUUAAUCAAGGGGAUAGAUGAAACACAAAAUUCUUCUGCAGAAACCAAUCUCGAAAUAUCCGAAGAGAGUCGGAUCUCGCAUUAA